GAGACAUAGACGCAAAGGAAGAACUCGCAAGGAAGAAGAAAGUGUUUGUUGGAAAAUAACCUCCGAAACCAUACGAAAUUAACGUUAAUUCUUUGCCAACUUUAUAAUCAAGCCCUCAUAUCAUCAUGGCAGAGGAACUGCAGAAAAAACUUCAAUUGGAAGUUGAAAACUUUCAGGCUUUGCAAAAACAGUAUCAAAAGACUCUUUCAGUUCGUCAACAGCUUGGCGGUCAGCUUUUUGAAAGUGAAACUGUUAAAUCGGAGUUAGAUCUUGUCAAAAAAGACCAAGAAGUUUACAAGCUAAUAGGGCCAGUAUUAAUUAAGCAAGACCUUGAGGAGGCACUUCAGAAUGUGAACAAACGAAUGGAUUACAUUAAAGGAGAACUGAAGAGAAUUGAUGACACUAUCACCGACAUGGAAAAGAAGCAAGACACACAACGAGACCUUUUAAACAAGCUUCAGCAGCAGUAUCAAAAAGCACAGUUAAGUGCAGGUGGAAAAAACUAGUUUAACUGAUUAAUUAAUUGCUUCUGUGAUUCUUUUGCUUUUCUUUUUAAAGAGACAAUUAAUAACACUAAUUGGUGACUUGAUAAUAAUAGCGCUCUUGCAACAGUCACUUGUGUCUUACUUGCACCUAAGUGCAUUUGUAUGUUUCUAAUAUUGUUUCAUUACACCAAAACUUGCUGGCACAACUGA